CUCAUAAGAUUUAGUUAAGGUUGCCUCUUUCCAUGUCCUGUUAAUUAAGCCACCCUCCCUCUCUCUCUCUCUCUCUUAAAUGUUAUAAGAUAAGCAGAGAGGGAGCAGAAGAUUGAUUAUAUUUUGAAUGAACAAAAUGGAAUGGAAGGCUCUCAGAGUUUCUCUCUUUAUUGGGCUGGCAAUUCUGGGAGCAGCUAAUGGUAAUGGCUAUGGAGAGAGUCCGGGGAUGGUUCAAUCGUCUUUCGGAGAUCGAAUCCGCAGAAUGCAGGAAGAAUUGAAGGCCUCUAUGGUUUCUCCGGCCAGCUCUCCGUCACCCUCACCUCAACCUGGCACUUCAAGUCCACGAAUUUACCGAGUGACGUCGUAUGGUGCGGACCCGACAGGCAAAACAGACAGCACCGAAGCCCUUCUAGCAGCAUUAUCGGAUGCAAUUCAAGGGCCGAGCAAGGGCUUCCUGAUGCACGGAAUUCGGAAUCUUGGUGGCGCUCAGAUCACCCUUGAAGGGGGCACGUACAUGAUCAGCAGCCCUCUCCGGUGCCCUUCCGCUGGCGCUGGCAACCUCGUGAUACAUGGAGGAACUUUACGUGCAUCUGAUAAGUUCCCGGCUGACGGUUACCUGAUCGAUUUAUCGGCUCCAGCAUCCAGCGCUUCCUCUUCCUAUAACUAUGAGUAUAUCACUUUCAGGGACUUGAUGCUGGAUUCUAACUACAGAGGAGGCGGUAUUUUGGUCCCAAAGUCGCUUAGGACUAGCAUAGAUAAUUGCUACAUUGCUCAUUUUACUACUAACGGUAUAUCGGUCCAAAGUGGUCACGAAACCUACAUUAGGAAUUCGUUUCUAGGCCAACACAUAACUGCAGGAGGCGACCCCGGUGAGAGGAACUUCUCCGGCACUGCCAUCAACCUGAUGGGCAAUGACAACGCCGUGACAGAUGUGGUAAUUUUCUCAGCUUCUGUUGGAAUAAUGAUCUCGGGGCAGGCUAAUACUUUAUCCGGCGUCCACUGUUACAACAAAGCAACGGGCUUCGGAGGUACCGGGAUUUAUCUGAAGUUACCGGGUUUGACACAGACCCGGAUUGUUAACUGCUAUAUGGAUUUCACGGGUAUAGUGGCCGAGGACCCAGUGCAACUAGACAUUUCAGACAGCUUCUUUCUCGGGGAUGCAUAUGUCGUCCUGAAGUCGGUCAAAGGCGUAGCGAAUGGAGUCAAUAUUGUUAACAACAUGUUCUCGGGUUCAAACAAGGGGGUCGAUAUCGUACAAUUAGAUCAAUCUACUGGUCCUUUCAAAGAAAUUGAUCAAGUAGUAGUUGAUAGGAACAAUGUCAGGGGAAUGAACUUGAGAUCAACUGUUGCCAGGGGAUCAACGCAAGGGAACGGGACCUCAUGGACGGUCGAUUUCAGUUCUGUCCUUCUAUUCCCAAACCUGAUAAAUCACGUGCAAUAUUCAGUAAGCGCAGGUACCAGCAGCUUGUUCCCAAACCACUGCCUGCGGAAUACGUCCCAGAACCGGGUUGUCAUCGAGUCAGAUGUUGCUGUGCCGGCAAGUGUGUUUGUCACAGUAGAUCAAGGACUGACUCAGUAGCUAGCAAAAGUGAUAUGGGCUGGAUGAGUUCUUCCUCAGAAACGGAAGAAAUUUGGCUAGACAAUUGUGAAUAAUACGGAUUGAUUCUCACCAUAUAAAAUUUACUCAUCCGAUAUUUGACCACGUCAAAGUUUGAGUUUUAUGAAACAUACUUGUUAUUUAUUUACCUCUAUUAUUAUUAAGUCGGAAGACUUCCUUUAGUCUACUUUCAUUUCCCUAAAAUGUA